UAAUCUACUACCCUGUGUUCGACCUUUUUUUUUCCUAAAAAACUUGAAAAUACUACUGUAUGAUCCAUGAUCUUCAUAACGCAUCUGAAAUCUGAACCACAACACACAACUCUGCAUCUUGAGAUAUAUGCACCCAUCUCCAUUCCACGGAAUAAUCAAGAGAGCGGGGAGGAAUGGAGGGCGCGGCGCAGCUCGUGUCCACCGUGGGGCAGCUGGUGGGCGAGGAGUACCGGCAAGUCCGCGGCGUCGGCCGCCAGGUGGCUGAGCUCAGGGACGAGCUGGCCACCAUGAACGCCAUCCUCCGCAUGCACUCUGAAGCUGACGAGGGCGCCGUUGACCACUUCAUCCGGGAGUGGAUGAAGCAGGUGCGCGAGCUCGCCUACGACGCGGAGGACUGCGUCCACCUCUACAUCUUCCGCAUCCGGUGCCGGUCGAGAGACCGCUUCCUCGUCUGGUCCAAACGCAUGCUGGCCACGAUUUUCCCUCGCCGUCGACUGGCCCGCGACAUCAACGCGCUCCGCGCUCGUGCCGUUGUCAUCAGCGAGCGACAUGCGCGUUACGGCGUCAGCCGUGAGGCGCUGUGCCGCUCUUCUUCUCUAGCCGCUCCAGCGCCGCCGGUGUCCCGGCAUGUGUUGGGCAGGGCAAACGACCCUGAUGAGUUUGUCGGCAUCACUGAGCAGGCUAACACCCUCGCGGCGAAGGUGAAAUCGGUGAGCAACGACGAGAGCGACAUGAAUCUCAAAGUGUUCUCCAUAGUGGGGUUCGGAGGGCUCGGGAAGACUACGCUGGCCAUGGAGGUGUGCCGACAACUGGAGCCGGAGUUCCAACGCCAAGCGCAAGUGUCCGUGUCCCAGGCGUUCGGCGGCACUAAGGAUCUCAAGGAAUUGCUCAAGCGUGUGCUUCAGCAGAUCGUGAAGCCAAAAGCAGAUAACGCGGAAGGCAUCAAGGAAGAGGAUCCCCUAGUUGGCAUCAACGAGAUGGGUGUAGACAACCUCACCGACAAGCUCAAGGAGGUUCUCAAGGACAUGAGGUACCUCAUUGUGGUCGAUGAUGUAUGGACAGUAACAGCAUGGGAUGUAAUCAAAUCCAAGUUGCCAGAGAACGGCAGCAGUAGCAGGAUCAUUGUGACCACUCGGAUAGAGACUGUGGCAGCCUCAUGCAGUGAGGCUAGUAGUGUUGAUGAAGAUUACAUUUAUAGGAUCAAGCCCCUCGAGUGGGAAGACUCCAAAAGGUUGUUCCUCAAUAGAGCAUUUGGUUCCAAGAAUGCCUCUUGCCCCAUGGAUUUGGAAGCUGAAAUGUGCAAAAUUCUAAAUAAAUGUGGUGGACUGCCAAUGGCCAUUAUAAGCAUUGCUAGCAUCUUGGCGAGCUAUAGAUCAUCGGAGAGCAAAGAUAUGUGGAAAAGAGUCCGCAAGUCGAUUGGUGCUCACAUGGAGAGCCACCCUACGCUUGAGGGGAUGAGGCAGGUAAUAACUCUCAGCUAUAAUCACCUGCAUCAUUACCUCAAGGGUUGCAUGAUGUACCUCAGCAUUUUCCCGGAAGAUUAUGUCAUCAUCAAGGAUCGACUUUUGAAGAGAUGGAUCGCAGAAGGACUGAUUGCUGAGAUCCGAGGUUUGACCUUAAUGGAGGUUGCAGAAACCUACUACAAUGAGUUGGUGAGUAGGUGCAUGAUUGAUCGGGCAGUUGACAUUGUGACCUACUAUGAUGGGAGGGUGGAGACGUGCAGGGUACAUGACAUGGUGCUUGAGGUCAUGGUGUCCAAGUUCCUGGAGGCUAACUUUGUUAGUCUAGUAGGUGGCCCGUACGAAGGGAUGUCGUAUGAUAGGAUUCGCCGCCUAUCCAUCCAUGGCGGAGAAGACAUAACCGAGCACUCCUCAUCCAUCAAAACUGGUAAGAAUGGCAUCGAGGGGAUGAACAUGCAGCAUGUCCGAUCACUGAGCAUGUUUGACCUCGAAGGUCACAAGAAGGUGCUUGAUCGUCUGGGCAAGUUCACCCUGCUCAGGGUACUGGACUUGGAAGAUUGCAAGGACAUAAAAUACGAGCACUUGAGAGAUGUCUGCCGGAUGUACCUACUAAGGUUCUUGAACUUGAAAGGUACAGCUAUCAAUAAGAUGCCUCCAGUGAUUGGUGAGCUAGAAAAUUUGGAGACCCUUGAUGUACGUGGGACGCACCUUGAAGAUCUACCGGAAACGGUGUCAAAGCUACAGAAACUUGAACAGCUGCAGAUAUCGAACCGAGGUAACAACAGUGGUUGGAUUGCACGCCGGGGCAUGGGUAGGAUGAAGGCGCUACGUAUGGUGAAUAAGGUAAUCCUCAGGUGUGAUGCUAGCGCUGCCCAGGAGAUCGGUGAACUGCAACAACUGAGAGAGCUAGGCAUCUUCGUGAACAUCACCGGCGGAACUGGCGUCAGCGAUUCCCUUGUCCAGAAUGCUAACCAAAAGCUCGCCGAGUCCCUCGGCAAGAUGUGUUCCCUCCGGUGGCUCAACAUUAACAGCGAUAGUUGGGACAAGGAUGCAUUGGACUUUUUACACGACAUCAAGUCGCCGCCGCGGCUCCUCCAGUAUCUUCGGAUCGGCGCCUGCAUUAACAAGCUGCCCGACUGGAUGGGGUCACUGAAUAAUCUUAUUGAGCUUUUCAUUGCUUGGACAUACUUUGUUGGCGACCAGCUAUACGGCCCGGUAUGUAAGCUGCCCAAUCUGAAGCGCAUCAACCUGGAGGCGUUCUACUACAAGGAUACAGAGCUGGUUGCACAGCCUGCCCACACCUUUCCGGCGCUCAAGGACCUGUACGUGAACUUCGACAUCGACGACAUGGAAGUCCUCCGGUUCCAGAAAGAAGCCAUGAUAAAGCUCGAGACACUCUCAGUAAGGUUUUAUAACAGAGAGUCCAAGACAGUCGCUGGCAUCCAGCACCUGGCCAGCCUUAAGGAGGUGCAGCUCGCUGGUACGAGGCACAACCCUGCGUUGGACCUUGCACUGGAGCAGCUCAAGGCAGCGAAUCAGAACCGCCCAAGAUCAAAUCUGAUCAAGGUUGCUGUGAAGUACGAGUGAUCACUCUCUUCUUGUCGCUCUGCUUACUGCAGGUGAGGAAGCUAGAAAAUAAAUCCGAUGGUGUCAUCUCUAUUACAAAUAAACAACACUUAGUGCUAAUUUCGCAGGAUCUAGUGAAGGAUUUGCCAAAGUCGCUGGGUCAGCUGACCCCAGCCCCAUAGAAGCAGCUCCGUCCCUGGCUUACCGUAGCUUCAGCUUAUUCUGGUUCAUUACUUGUUUCAAAGAGCAGGAGUUAGUUGCAGAAAACAUCGACAUUGAAGGCUAAGGGCCUGUUUGGUUCAUGACUAACUUUACCACAACUAAUCUUAGACAAAGUGUGGCUAACAAAAUGGACACCACAAGUGUGGCAAGAUUUGACAAAAAAUUAAGUGUAUGACAUGUGGACCAUAUAACUAGGAAAGUGUGGCAAGCCACAAGUAUGGCAAUGAACCAAACACAUGCCUAAGGUAUUGUGGCAUGACUAAGGUUAGGCAUGGCAACCUUAUGCUGGGAACCAAACAGCCCCUGAUAUUGCAGAAACCACACUUCUACACUUUUAUGUCAAAAAAACACUAAUUCUGAGCCUAAUUUUUUGUAAAAACACUAGUGGACGGCUUAGACCACUUUAAACACGAUCAUGACAGGUGGGUCCCGCAAAUGAUGACAUGACGUAACGGUUCGCAGUAGACAUCGCUGGCUCUGUAAUUUUCUGAAUUUACAAAACAAUCCCUGUAAUUUACAGGGGCAUCCUUCACUCAAACACAAAAAAACAAUCAGCCCCAACUUGUCGGGCAGAGCAACCGCGCGCCGACCAUGGAGUCCUGUCGUCGGCGAGGGGUGCGUCGUCGAAGGAACACGCCGCCACAGAUGAUCCACAGCAGCAGCGGUCGAGGACCUCGUCUGGGUCAUGCGGCGGGGCGUGCUCGCGGGGCUCUACCUGGUGGCCAUCGACAGCUGCGACGUGCGGUCCUCGCUGCUGCCGUUAGGGAUGCUUUGGCUGGGGAUGGUUUGGCUGCCCAGAUGCAGGGUUGAUGACCCCGUCUGGCCGUGCUCCAGCGGACAGGGGAACCAACGGGGUCGUGCGCCGACGGCCACGGACCUCGUACAGGCAUCCAUGGGCACGAGCAAACCCUCGACCAAGUAUCGCACACACACCUCCAGCUUCUUGCUGGCGGCGGCUAGUGCAGUGCCCGAGGUGUGUGUUGGUACUUGGUAAGUUGGCAGUGACACCAGCUGUUGUAGAUGGAGCAGCAAAGCCAGAGCACAUCAAACUGCAUCUGCAACUCUGGAUCAAGGGUGCCUGACUGCCUAUUGCGUGGACGGCGAACAACUCUAGGAGCACCUUGUAUUACUCUUGACCCAUAUAGUCUGAUUUGAUAGGACUAGGGGGUGUUAUCUUUCACGGAAGGUCCCGAACCUAGAUACAUCGUGUGUUUCGUACCGCUUGUCCCAACGUGUGCAUCUGUUUA